GCGGACUCUGUCAUUGGAGCUUCUGUCCAAACAGACGAUCUGCGGUCAUGACCAAAACCAGGAAUCAACUGCUCCUGGAAGAAACACCGCUGACUAAAGUCCUGCCAGAGGAUACCGGCUCUCUGCCGUCAUCGUGAGAGCCGCUGGGAUGUAAAACACCGUUAUCGUUAGCUGGUGGUGAUGAAGGCAGGUUGUCGGACAUUAACUAAACUAACGUCUUUCUGUCAGUUGUCUUUUCCGUUGUGUCUCUUAACGAGUCAUUUACUAACCUUCAGCUACCAGGUUAGCUCUCCGCUGUAGCUAGAUAGAUUAUUACCAUGUUUUUAGCGCAUUUGGAGCUGUGGAGAACAUACUGGGAGUGUGUUUCCAGACCUUACACGGUGUUCGUCUGCUCCCUCACGGCAGCACUGUACUAUCUAUGGGGCCGCAAGUGUCAGACACCAGCUUUAGUUUGUAGUGAGGCUUUCAGUGUGUUCCUCCACAAGCACUGUCCUGUGGUGGCCGAGCGCUUCAGUCCCACUCCGUGGUGCUGGGGAGGCCGUUUUCAAACCCUGGUCUGUGCCGUCCUCAAGUCCAGACCCCCCGUCGCCUAUCGCAAUGAGCUGAUCCGUACGGAUGAUGGUGGUCAGAUCUCGCUGGACUGGGUGGACAAUCAGGCCAGUGCGUCCUACCCAAAAUCCUCUACCCGCCCCACAAUACUGAUCCUUCCAGGCCUGACAGGGAACAGCAAGCAGUCCUACGUGCUCCACGCCAUCAGCCAGGCCACCCGCCGCGGCUACAGGUGUGUGGUCUUCAACAACAGGGGGGUUGCAGGGGAAGAGUUGUUGACGCCUGUCACCUACUGCGCAGCCAACACCUCAGAUCUUGAGCAUGUAGUGCAACAUGUCAAAGGACUCUACCCACAUGCCCCUGUGCUUGGUGCUGGUGUGUCUAUGGGAGGCAUGUUGUUGUUAAACUACCUGGGCCGUAAGCGCACAGAGUCGGGGAUGGUGGCGGGGUUCACCAUCUCUGUCCCCUGGGAUGCGCAGAAAUCCUCAGAUUCUAUGGAAGAACCACUCAACUGGCUGCUCUUCAACAAAUACCUCACAAGUGGCCUGUGUCGUGCUGUCACCAGGCACAGGAAGAUUCUUGAGAAAGUAGUGGAUGUCGACUAUGUCCUGAAGGCCCAGACGAUCCGUGAGUUUGACGAACGCUUCACCACUUUGCUUUUUGGUUAUAAAUCUUGUACGGACUAUUACCGCGAUGCCAGCCCGGACAAAAAGCUCCCCAACACAGCGGUACCCAUCCUGUGUCUCAACGCUGCUGAUGACCCCUUCUCUCCCCAAAACGCCUUCCCGUUGACCAUAGUGCGGAGCCUGCCUAACGUCGCCCUGUUGUUGACGGCUCACGGUGGACACAUCGCCUUCCUGCAGGGUUUGUUUCCCCGCGGUGAGAGCUACAUGGAGCGCCUGUUCGGCCAGUUUGUCCAAGCAGUCUUUGAACACCCGAGCGACAUCAACAAAGCCUGUGGCAUCGAGGAAGAGCAGAGGAGCUGAUCCUUUUGUACUCUGAACCUCACUGAAGAACAGAAUCACGGCCUGCUGUGAAUGAGUAUGAAGUCACUUGCAUAAUAACAGUAGAACAAUUCACACACACACAAAAAAAAAAGUAUUGCUUAGCUCUGUGUGCUGUCAUGCUACCACACAAAUGUUGCGCGUCCUUUGUGUUCGCACCGAGAGUGACCAGCUGUAUUGUACAAUCAUUAUGACCUCACUGCAACUCUGCCGAUCUACCUCCUCAUCGUCUCAGGUUUACUGUCAAUGAACAAUCCAAGAAGGUUCGAAACAAGUGGACAGCUCUGAAGUCGAGCUGUGGAUGCUUUUUUUCACUAAAGAAAUCUCGCAGCCAACUAAUAAGCUGAUGCCUAAUAUUGCUGUCAUAUUGUUUCAAUCUCCUGCCGCCCCACCUUCACACAGAACACUGUAGUGUGUAUUGAAAACAAAAUGAAAAGAAAAUGAAGCCCUGUUGGAAAAUGAGUUCUUGGAUUUUAGGCUGUUUAAUGUUAUUUAAUUAGAAAUGAAUUGAAUACGUAAAUUACAAGAGUAAUAUUGUACUGUUACUUUUUCCUUUUGCCUCAUUUGCUUUUUUGGUUUUGUAAGACUUGUUUUUCUUGAAGUGUAAGAAGCCUUAAAGGAUUUAUUACACUGCCCCAUGUUUUUCCCCCCUGCAUGCAUUCUUUACAUCCAGUUUUUCAAUGCACCACCAGAUCACACUAGAGGAAAUCCUGUUCACUUGUUAGAGCUGUCAAUCUCGACCUGGAAACACUCACACAGCAGGAAUAUACUGUACACAUCUGCCAUGAAGAAAAGACUUAUGCAAUUGUAAGAUCUAGGUUUAUCAGCUAUGUAAUUAAAAAAAAAAAACUAGAUCAGUGAAAUGUAAAACUAAAUGUCAAAGUAUUGUAUGCUUGUAUAGGCUUUUGCAAUAUGCUUGGUUGCUAUGUAAAUCAUGCAGCACAUCAGAGGUAAAUGAGCUGACACUGUAAAGCUCAGUGUGGCACUUAUUACCUAGAUAUUUAUACCUGCUGUCAAUAAUAUAAAUAUCUGGUGGUUCUGAAUUUAUCUGUGUUAUAAUUGCCCUUUUAUUUAUUUUUUUAGCCAUUCAUGCGUAGUGUUGUUUGGAGAAUGGGUGACAGAUGAAGCAAUGUCACAUCAUGUCAGUACCGUAACCACUUUCAGUCCACAUGAUAAUAAUUAAUGAGUAGUUUGUAAUUAUUAGAGGGCGUUUGUUUUGGAUUUAAUCACUGGUUGUCACUAUGUUUGAAUUGAAUGUCUUUUUAAAUCAGCUUGGAAUGUCCAGAGGGUUUUAUUAUGUUUGUUAUCACCAGUAGAGCACUGGUGACACAUGCACACCACUUUAUUAUUCCAGUACCAAGGUAUUAUUAAUUUAUGAGGUAUAUAAUUUUUCACCAGAAGCUUCUGUUGUUUGACUUGAUUCUUGACUCAUGAACAUAUGAAGAUUUUAAAAGCUUGUGGUGCUUUUUUUUUUUUUUUAGCAGUAUACAGUUUUUUUUUCCAGUUUUCAGAUAUUUACUGUGUUCACUUGCCUUUAAUUGCUGUGUCUUUGUUAAUGGACGCAAAUUUUUUUUUUUUUUCUGUUUUAAGUUCUGCAUGAGCUGUAAUCAUAAUCAGUGUUUUUGCAGUAUCAGUUGAGAUGGCCGCCUUUCAUCUUAAAGACCUUUGGGCAUUUUGGACUAUCUGUUUGGUUAUUGAGUUACACUUGAAUUAAAGAAUGACAAUAAUAAACAUUUUAA